UAAAAUAAUGAUGAGUCCGAAUUGAUUGCAGGUGAAUUUCUCGAAAGAACAACUGAGGUCGGUGAUGGACCAUCAGAAAAACAUCCGUAAUAUGGUUGUGAUAGCCCACGUUGAUCAUGGUAAAACGACCCUGACUGACUCCUUGUUAGCCAGAGCUGGUUAUAUUCCUAUGGAUCAAGCUGGUGACAAGAUGGCUACCCACACCAGGGAGGAUGAAAAACAGAAAGGAAUCACCAUCAAAUCCACUGCAAUAUCUCUUUAUUAUGAGAUGGAUGAAGAUGAUGAACAAACAGGAAACAAUGGUUACCUGAUCAAUCUUAUUGAUUCUCCUGGUCAUGUUGAUUUCUCUUCUGAAGUAACGGCAGCUCUCCGGGUGACUGAUGGGGCUAUGGUGGUAGUAGAUUGUGUUUCUGGUGUCUGUGUGCAGACCGAGACUGUAUUAAGACAAGCUCUGACAGAAUACAUUAAACCAGUUUUAAUGAUGAACAAGUUAGACAGACUGAUCUUCGAGAAACAACUAUCACCAGAAGAGAUCUAUCUAGGUCUAAGAAAAACCAUUGAAGACGUCAACGUUAUCCUGUCCGUAUAUGGUGAUGCCAGUUCACCAAUGGGUGAUAUAUCGCUGGAUCCCACCAUUGGCAAUGUAGCGUUUGGUUCUGGUCUUCAUGGUUGGGGAUUCAAUCUGAAGACGUUCGCAAAAAUGUAUGCCAAGAAACUGUCCAUGUCAGAAGAAAAGAUCAUGAAGAAACUUUGGGGAGAUAACUUUUUCCACCCUCAAACCAAGAAAUGGAGUAAGACAGAAACAGAAGGAUCUGUCAGAGGAUUCAACAAAUUCAUUAUAGAACCUCUAGUUAAGGUUCUUCAAGCAUCCAGAGAUGGUGAUAAAGAAACAACCAAGACCUUGGUGGAGAAAAUUGGUCUGACGCUUAACAGCACUGUAAUGGAAAAAGAAGGCAAAGACUUCAUGAGAACAGUGAUGAAAAAAUGGGUGCCAGCAGCAGACUCUAUGUUAGAUAUGAUCAUUCACCACUUACCGUCGCCAGUGACCGCCCAGAAAUACCGAACUGAGGUCCUGUAUGAAGGACCCCUUGACGAUGAAGCCGCUAUAGCAAUGAAGAACUGUGAUCCAAACGGACCCUUGAUGAUGUAUGUUUCCAAAAUGGUACCAGCACAGGAUAAAGGCAGGUUUUAUGCAUUCGGAAGAGUGUUCUCAGGAACUGUUUCCAGUGGUUUGGAUAUAAGAAUACUGUGCCCUGGAUAUAACCCCGAGAAAAUCAAGGAUCCGAAACUCCACAAAACGUCUGUUCCAAGGCUUGUAGUGAUGAUGGGAGGCUCAGCAAUGGGAUUACACGAGGUACCAUGUGGUAAUGUCGUUGGUCUCGGUGGAGUUGACAAGUUCAUUGUAAAAACGGCAACAGUCACCACAUACGAACAGGCCCAUAACAUGAAGGUUUUGAAGUUCUCUGUUAGUCCCGUGGUAAGAGUAGCUGUGGAUGUAGUGGAACCAUCUGAUUUACCAAAACUUGUUGAAGGAAUGAAGAGACUAGCUAAAGCUGAUACCAUGGUUCAGUGCACUGUUGAAAGUGGUCAAUAUAUUGUAUCCGGAGCCGGAGAAUUACAUAUUGACAUCUGUUUAAAUGAUUUAGAAACAAAAUACGCUUCAGUUCCUUUGAAGAGAAGUGAUCCAGUUGUAAGUUAUAGAGAAACAGUAACUGAACUUUCUGAUCGAGUCUGCAUGUCCAAAAGUAACAGUAAACUAUUUAGACUCUCAGCUACAGCACAACCUUUACCAGCUGGUCUACCAGAAGAGAUUGAAGAGGGAAAAGUUACCACAGUACAGGACUUUAAAGAAAGGGCUCGCUAUCUGGAUGAUAAUUUCGGUAUUGAGAGUGGUUUAGGAAGAAAGAUUUGGUGUUUCGGUCCAGAAGGAAGCGGUCCUAACUUAUUGGUUGAUGGCACAAAGUCAGUUCAAUACAUGCAAGACAUCAAAGACAGUGUUGUAGCCGGUUUUCAGUGGGCUUCUUCUGAGGGUGUGCUAUGUGAAGAAGCAAUGAGAGGGGUUCGAGUUGACAUUGUUGAUGCCCACAUUCAUAGUGAUCCAGCUCACAGACGCGGUGGUCAAAUCAUCCCAACCAGUAGACGUGUGUUCUAUGCAGCCAUGUUAACAGCUAAACCGAGAUUGAUGGAACCUGUUUAUUAUGUUGAAGUUCAGUGUAUUGAUACAGUGUUGGGAGGUGUAUACAACUGUUUAACAAGAAGACGUGGUGAAUUAGUGGAAGAGUACCAUCAACCUGGCACUCCAAUGUGUACAAUCAAAUCAUAUCUACCAGUUAGUGAAUCAUUUGGAUUUACACAGGAACUUCGAGGGCAAACAGGUGGACAGGCUUUCCCUACCUGUAUGUUUGAUCAUUGGCAACUGCAUCCUAGUGAUCCUCUAGAUCCCGAAUCCAAGGCAGCCAGUAUAGUGUCAGAGACCAGAACGAGGAAAGGAUUACCACCAAAAAUUCCAGCUUUGGAAAACUAUUUAGACAAAUUAUAAAAUUUUUACGACUAAUAUAAAAUUUUGGCAGAGAAAAAAGAGAAUAAACCUUCAUAAAUUUUA